UACGAGUCAGUCUGCGAGGCUCUAUCGCAGGCUGUCGUCGUCGCUUUCUCGGCAAGCAGUUGGUAGUUUUAUGCAAUUUUAACGUGGCACACUGAAAGAGCUUGGCGUCGUUGACCGAGGGUGGAUUUGUGAAUGGAAUGUGUUUGAAUUAUUAAUGAUGCUCUCGGCUGGAUAGUAGAAUCGGGACCGGCUUGGUGCUACUGGAUUGGAAUUUAAGGAUUAGUGUGUUUUAAGCGCAAAGAUUUUCCACAUAUUAAUGCCACGAUGCGGUUACUGGGAAAGCUUAUAUGGUGAGGAUUAAAUCGAAUCAACAGUGCAGUGCAUUGAGAUAGUUUUGAAAACAAAUGAGUUGAUGGUUUCGCCAAAUAUCAUCCGAGGCGCAAAUUGGAUGCUGUUGACCCAUUUUCAGUGAACGUAAAUUUGCAUCCUCAGCAACAGUCAAAAGUCAAUAUAUUGAUUGCGGCAAACGAGUUCUCCUCGCGACUCAUGCAUAAAAGAUAAGAUAAUGUUGCCGCGACAAGCAUAAGUAUUCCCCGUGGUAUUCGAGUGUCAAAAGGAUAAUAACACGCGUCGGGUGGUAACGUUAUCCGAAGUGUUUGAUCAGGAACAGGAAGUGAUAGACGAGUUCGAUAGUUACCAUCGAAGUACUGCUGGUCGGCUACGCUGAACAUGGAAGGGGAUUCGACGGCUGGUGGUUCCUGUAUUGAAACAAGCACGUCGGCAACCGAACUAAUAUCCAGAAGAGGUGUUUUUUCACGACGUCACUAUGGAUCCGUAGACCAGCUGCCACAGUCAGAAAUCGACGGGCUGGACCCAAACUGUCGACGGUUCCGGCUGGAGAAUGGCGAAUCACUAGCGGAAAAAGAUGAGGUUUUCGGCUCGCCCAGCAUACCCAUCCUGGAAAAUCCCGAACAUCAAACGCGAUGGUAUUUCAAGUAUUUUCUAGGAAAACUUCACCAGAACUACGUAGGGAUAGAUUCGGAGAAAAACCCAUAUUUUUUAUCCAUCGUCUCGCAGGACUCCGGUAGCAAAUGUAUGCCCCUGUACAGGGUGAUGGUAUUUCGGAAACAGGGAGCCCAGAAGCUUGCCCUGCCCUACAACCCCCAGCAGAAGCUGACGGUUAAGCAGAUUCUGUCCAAUUUUGCACUAAUGGAUGCAAGCAAAUCACCCAAGGAGGUAUUUUCGGCCGACAUCCAGAAGGAUUUACUGCUGCUGGAGGAACAGGAGGGCUCGGUGAAUUUCAAGUUCGGUGUCGUCUACAUGAAGGCUGGCCAGAAGAUGGACGACGAGAUGCUGAGCAAUGAAUACGGGAGUGCUGACUUUGACGAGUUUCUUGUUCUACUAGGAGAAAAAGUGCGACUGAAGGACUGGGAGCGAUACCGCGGUGGGCUAGACGUGAAAGGUGACAUGACGGGAAAGUAUUCGAUUUACACUCUGUACGAAGGUCACGAGAUUAUGUUUCACGUAUCAACGCUGUUGCCAUUCAGUCGUGACAACAGGCAGCAGGUGGAACGAAAACGGCACAUCGGAAACGACAUCGUCAACAUCAUCUUCGUCGACGAGGGCCCCAAUGGCGAGGAACCGGAGUUCAAUCCGAACAACAUUAAAAGUCAAUUUACACAUGUGUUUGCCGUCGUUACAAAGCGAAGUCGAAGGUAUCGCAUCUCCGUAUACUGUGAUGAAACUGUACCCCCGUUUGGACCAACGCUGCCCAAUCCACCAGAAUUUGAAGAUCCAGCUGUGUUUCGGGACUUUUUGCUGGUCAAACUGAUCAAUGGCGAGAAGGCAACCUUCCAAACGCCAACGUUUGCCCGGAAGCGGGAACGAACCCUGGAGAUGCUUAUCAAGGACCUUUACGAGGAAUACGUGCACGACAAUAAAAUGAAUAUGUUAAAUCGGCGAGCUUUCUCGGAAGUGCUGUACGAUGCCCCUCGGACAUCCAAGCUGAAAGAGGAUGCCCGCCAGGUGGAGUUCGUCCGGAUAGGGCAGGCCCUGAAGUUGGAAGCCAUCGUGCGGGGUGACGCUCCGACCAGCAUUGCAUCGGCGGGCACCGUGUUCAAGCGGCCUCCGUGGGAGCCACAGUGUUUCUAUCCGACAUUCCAACCGCGGAAUGAUCUGGUCGGUGAUAGUUGGGGUCAAGAUCAACUUUUCUUGGCAUCGGACGAAGGUACAUAUCUAAUCAAGGAGGACCAAACCCAUAGGGUGGUAUUCGAUAGGACAUUAGCGGUGAAACAGCUUAGUGUUAUUGAGGAUCAUGGGAUCAUGUUGAUUCGAGGAGGUUCCGCUCUGCAGAAAGACGGUCAUAGGAUACAUGUUUUUAGAUUGAAUGAGUUUAGUGAAGACCGUUUAGGACAGAGAUCAAGAAUUGAUGUUAAGGACCGUAGAAUAGACAAAACUAGAGGCUGUCAUUUGUUCGCCAUAUCUAGAGCGGGAGAAGCCCAUCUUCGGAUGGCCGUUGCAGUGGGGCGAAAACUGUUUAUAUUUCAAUGGAAGCACACAGCGGCCUGGACCUCAUGGUGUCCCAAUAGCGACAACGACACUGUUGAUGGUUUCAUAUUCCUAAAAGAAAUAACGCUACACGAUGCCCCAAUGAUCAUGACAAUACUUGAGGGAUCGUGCCCGAAUUCCGGACUGCUGAUCUGCGUUGGAUACAAAUAUAGCUUUGAAAUAGUUUCGGAGGCGACUGGUCAUGCAACAAAGCUUCACGAGGCAGACACUAGAAAACAAACAGCCGUUCAUUUGGUCGCCGCGUUGGACUUAUACGAUGGGCAGGACACGGAGUUGUUACUCUGUUAUAAUCAUACAUGUCAUUUCCAAAAACUAUCGGAGGAGUGUUCUGGCAGUUCUGAGUUCGAUUUCCAAUUCAAUACACCACCAACAUCAGUCGUCUGCGCUUUUCCCUACAUUAUUGCUUUCACUCCAGACUCUAUGGAAAUUCGACUCUUAGUGAAUGGAAACCUCGUGCACACGGUCAUGAUGGCCGAGCUUCAAUUAAUUACUUCGAAGAAGGACAUUUAUUUUGUUACGACUGCUCCAGAAUUUAUUCCCAAGGGUGCCAAAUUACGUGGUCCUGAUUCGGAGGAUCAUGAACUUGUGAAGCCACGAAUCGAAGAAAGCAAAGUUGCCCCGGAUGAUGAUAGCUCCAUUAGUCCCUGUCGAAGUCGACUUAGCUCCGACGAAGAUAACAAUGCUGCACAAAACACAGAUGGUCAAGAUAGUGGGUCUUCUGAUAGUAAAAAUUCGGAACUAACUACACCUCACAUUCAAAGGGCAAAGUCACUGCAAACCCCCAAACCAGAAAGUGAUAAACCUAACUCUCUUUCUGCCGAUGAUAUCAAGCGGCCGAUGUCGAAAAGCAAUUCGUAUGGCGAAGCUGGUUCUUCGUUUUCAAUACCGACCACCACGUGCAGCAAAGAUUUGGCCAAACAUUUCGGUGCUCAACCGCAGCCUAAUACGAAAAAUCUUUGCAAGCAUUUUGGAGAAGCGUCGGUUCCGCCGAACUCACCUCAAAACAGUACGAUCAUCAACAAAAGCAGUUCACCAAGCUCACCAACCCGAAAGUCUUUUAUCCGACAGCCAACUCUAAACCUAAACAAACCACAGGAAAAGGACAGUGAAACGUCCCCUUCAAAUGGGAGUUCUAAUAAACCGCUACGAAUCUACCGAAUCCCGUUGACCAACCUAACCGGAACUCAUAUCCAAUCACAUCACUAUCACUACCCCAGCACAGAUCCGUCUAAAAAACCGACUGCGAUAGCAACCAAAAUGCAGCCAAACAAACCGAGUGAGCCACCCACAACACUGUCUUCGUCCCACGAAGAAGAAGAGGAAGCAGAAGAACCCGGAAGGAGUAGCGCCAUUGAAGAUGAUGAACGUUCCAAAAUGAGCAUAUUCCAUCAAAUUCAGCAAAAUCUGCAAGAACUCAGUAUGAAGGAUAAAAUCGAAGCGGAACAGCAGCAAACUGAACCAAACUCGGUUCUUACACCACUGUAAACCAACCAAAAUAUAAAACCAGGAAGAUUAUUUCUCACCAAACAGCAGCUCAAAUGUCUACAGCCCUCCAUAUUUUCAUAUUUAGGAUAUUCUCGUGGCACUUUACACUGACUUACAUCACACAAAAAUCGAGCUACCUACAUAUUGAUUAUUGUUCGCUACACAUAGCAAAAUCUGUUAGGAUGGCCAAGAACCACUGGAAACCAUAGCAAAAAGGAUCUAAUCUAUUUUUAAGCAGAACACGCGAGAAUGCCUAUCGCGCAAAUUGUUGUUGAACAACCAGGUUUCAUUUUGGCGAAAACAAGCUGAGCAGCAGCAAUAAUAGAAAGAGAAUUAGGGAAAGCCUAGAGUUAUUUACGGAAAAUGUAUUGUCGGAUGGAACGCACACUAAAUUUAAUCCGAAUUCAAUUUUUUUCCAUUGGUUGGGAUGUGCCUCGUGGACACACAUUAGGACUUUUGAACACUCACAAUCCCCUGGAAACUAUUAUAAUUUUCAAACUCCCUUAGAUAGGGUAUUAGUGACGGUCUCUACAUGGUUGAAAAUGCGUUCCAGAAGUUCAAAUAUCAAUAGAAUGGAUCUAGAGAAACGGAAUUGAGAUUGAAUUUGAAACGGGGAUGAGCUAUUUACUUGCUAGGAAGAUAUAAUGAAGUAUUUUGCAUUCGAACAUAUGAGAAACCUGAUUGUAUGCGGAGGUACAUAAUUAUACUCAUAUUUUGUCGUUCAGGGUGAUCAUUUCUAUAGUUCCUUAUAUGUUAUGAAUUUUCUGUUAUAUGAUAACUUUGUUAUAAU